AUGGCUUCUCUUCCUGAGACAAUCCCGGCUCAGUCACCGACGGGCGAUACAAUUGUUGUUAAGCACCACCUUAUCACAAAAUCAAUGCAGGCUCCAGCGACUCAAGAGAUUGGACCUCAAGAUCCGCCCCAAACGACGCUACCAUCGACCGAGAUCCCGAACUCACCCAUCGAUCCAGGCGAAUCUUUUACCACCGAAGUCAACGAAGAGCGUCCGGCUCUCACUGUUAUUCCUUCGUCACUUACACCACCUCCCUCGACUCAGGUCAACAGCAGUCACAUCGCCAGUCAGCCGGCUCCUUCUAAACGAAAGUUCUCUGGCUCUCAGCAGUCAACACUCUUCUCUCCGCCAGCCACCGUUCCCAACAAUGUUCGCGAUCGUGCUUCGAUAUCGGAAUUUCUUCCCCCUCCUCCGCAACUGGUUCUUGAGGCGUCCGCCGACGAGCUGCGCGCCAUGCUCCAAUCGGCUGUUGCAGAACAGCAGAAGCUCAAGAUGGAGACAGCUCAUCACAAGCUGCAGUACAGUUUAUUGUCUCUCCAGGCUGACGACGAUGCCAAGCGCGCCGCGGUGGAACAUGAAAUGAUGCGUCGCGAAGUGGACGCGCUACGCAAUGCAGAGCACAGUCGACAAGCCAGAAAGGACUUGAGUUCGGCAUCCGAGACUGUGCAAGUAAAGUAUCUGCAGAUGAAGACGUGGUACGAGGCCACGAAACAAGAAAACGAGAUUCUCCAGCGCCGCGUUACGACUGCUAAGAAGGUUAUCAAGCAAAGCGAGGACGAAUGCAUUGCUCUUGUUGAGGAGCGAGAUAUGUUAUUGAACAGAAUACGGGAGAACAGAGAACACAUGCAGAUGCUCUGCAAACCAGGAGGGAUAUUCCACGGAGCUCUGACGCCCAAACAGAAAGCCGCUGUUGUUUCGAAUUCACAGGGUCACCGCACCUCUCAGCAACCGGCGUCAAGAUCACAGGUACGAGAUAGACAAGGCGAGCAUGGCCUGUCAGCUUUGUUGCAGGCUAUGAGCCAGGAUAACAACAGCGCACCGUCGACUCCCAUGCAUCCCCACAGGCCGACGCCACGACAUGUUGGAAAACACAGCCGCAACGCCCAAUCCAUGUCGUCCCUCCCCACGACGCCUAUGAACCGGCCCGUGGGCGCACAUGUUGGGCUCCUUCCAUCCGCUGACCUGGUGCCUCACACAGAACCUCACCGAUACUCACAGAGACAAUUCAUUCCCACAACCCCAACUUCACACAGUGAACGGCGCCGCCGGAGCCGAGAGAGCACUAUAUCAGUCGACGACAACGAAGAGCUAGCCAGGCAAGCGCUGGAGUCGGUUGCUGCUGCUCAGUCGUUCACAUCACAGGCGUCACAUACAUCACACUCCCGGAACCGCAAUAGCCAGGACCAGGAGAUCUAUGACAGCCAGGCCAGCCAAGCUGCUACAGAAAUGCUGCGGCGAGAUCCGCGGCAGAGCUUCGAAGUGGCCGAAUCACGUAAGAACAUGCCAGGUGCAAUGGAGAAGUCAGUCCGUAUGCAAGAGAGGUUGCUGUCCCAUCGCAACGGGGACGGGGAUAAGCGCAAGUUCAGUGAAAAUUACACGCCAACAGGGGAAGCACGACGUGAUCAGGAGAGUCCAGCGAAAAAGUCUAGAGUGGUUGAGCAGUUGACCGAUGGUCAUAAGAAGCUAGGGCUAGGGAUUCAAUACAAGGAGUAG